CUAUAUUCUCUGUUAUAAUCCGUUGGAAAAAAGGUUAGUUACUGUUGGUUGUCUUUCCCGUUUUCUUGCAACCAUUGACCUCUUCAACCAUUCAUUUCUUCAACAAACUUAAAACAACAUUACCUCGCCGUUUUGCUUUGUAGUACCAGUCGUUUUGUCUUACAAUUCUUUACGACCUCCACCCUAUAUAAUUUUUUUUUAUAUUUAUCCAACAUGCAGCCCACAUUCUCCUCCAACAGGAAAAUUUUACUAGAAAAAUCAACCCUUACCUGUUGAUGUCCAUUUCUUCCUUCAUCUGCAGCAGAUAAAGAAAGAAACAGGACUGUUGAUUACCGAAUCUUAACAAUGGUGAGAGCGUUAGACCGUGACCAAACAACUCUGAAAUCAAAAUCAUUUCAUGUGAAAAGAAUGUUUGACCAUUCAGGGAAACAUUCUCAAAGCUCUGUUCAUGAAAAUGGAAAUGAUUCAAGUGGUGCUGAUGAAAAAUCACAUUCAAGAAACCAUCCAAAGCAAGAUACUCCUUUAAAUCUUCCUCGUUCUGAUAAAUCUGGAGCUAAAAUACCAAACCCACACAACAAAGGUCCCACAGAAUUGGAGAUGAUAAAGGAUAAAUUUGCUAAGUUGCUGUUGGGUGAAGAUAUGUCAGGUGGUGGAAAAGGUGUUGCAUCAGCUCUGGCUUUGUCCAAUGCAAUCACAAACUUAGCUGCAUCUGUUUUUGGAGAACAAAAGAGAUUAGAGCCUAUGAAUCCGGAGAGGAAAACAAGGUGGAGAAGAGAAAUUGAUUGGCUUUUAUCUGUAACUGAUCACAUUGUUGAACUUGUUCCUUCACAGCAAUCCAACAAUGGAGUCAAUAUGGAGAUCAUGGUGACAAAGCAAAGAAGUGAUCUGCUGAUGAACAUUCCUGCUCUGCGUAAGCUUGAUAACCUUCUCAUUGAGCACCUAGAUCAGUUUGGAAACCAAAAGGAAUUCUGUUAUGUGUCUCGAGACAGUGAGGAUUCAGAGCAAGGAACCGCACCAAGAAACGAUGACAAAUGGUGGAUUCCGACCGUUAAGGUUCCACCAGAGGGGCUAUCGGAAGCAAUGAGAAGAUGGAUGCUUUCCCAGAAGGAUUCUGUGAAUCAAGUUCUUAAAGCAGCAAUGGCAAUAAAUGCUCAGGUGCUAUCAGAAAUGGUUGUCCCUGAAAACUACAUCGAGUCCCUUCCCAAGAAUGGAAGAGAGAGCCUCGGAGAUUCAAUCUAUAAGAACAUAACUGUGGAGUUCUUUGAUCCUGAACAAUUCCUGUCAACCAUGGAUUUGUCAACUGAGCACAAAGUGCUUGAUCUGAAGAACAGGAUUGAGGCUUCCAUUGUGAUUUGGAAAAGAAAAAUGCAUCAAAAAGAUGGAAAAUCUUCCUGGGGUUCAGGUGUGAGCUUGGAGAAAAGGGAACUUUUUGAAGAGAGAGCAGAAACUAUAUUAAUCAUCCUCAAACAAAGAUUCCCUGGAAUUCCACAAUCUGCACUAGAUAUAAGCAAGAUCCAAUUCAACAAGGAUGUGGGACAGGCAGUCCUAGAGAGCUACUCAAGGAUAAUAGAAAGCUUGGCAUUCACAGUCCUGUCAAGGAUUGAGGAUGUUUUGUAUGCUGACACACUCACACAAUCUCCAAGGUCGAAAUCCGAUGACAACGAGAAGGCAGAGGAAGAAACAGGAAAGAUGAGCCCUGCAGAUACAUCGACACCAACAUCAGUGAGACUCUCAGAUUUCAUGGGAUGGGGUGCAGACACCAACAUAAAGAAAAACUCAUGCUAUACAGAGAACUACUGCAAGGGAGAACAUGAUCAGAAGGCAAUGCUCAGGCCUCUUGCAACCAAGAGAUUCUCUUACUUGGAGAAGCUUGAGAGCUUGAGUGGAAUCAGAAGUCCAACGGCUCGGAAUUAAAGAGUGAAUGUAGAAGAAAAUGAGACGAAGCAUAAAUAUUGAAGACAAAGAAAGAGGAAGAGAUACAACAAGAGAAACAAUAGAAACAUGUAGUCAGAGAGUUUGAUUUUAUUAAUGUAAAUAACAAAUUAACAACCUGGUAGGACCCUGUUGGGUUAGUAGUUAUUAUAUUGUUCUUCCUCAAAAAUACAGGAUAGGGAAGUCUCGAUAUGUAACUAUUAAGUUUGAUGCGAUUUAAAUUUGCUUUCUUCUUCUUUU